AUGGCUGAAUCUUCAACGUCCUCAUCAUCAGAAGCUCCAAAGCAGAAUUCUGGAGCACCAUGUGUGCUUGUUCUUGGAAUGGCGGGCUCUGGAAAAUCGUCGUUUGUUCAGGUAUGGGUAAUAUAAGAUAAAAUCGUCCUAAAGGCUCUCAUGCUCUUAUUAUUUUCUAAAUAAUUUUAAAAACUAUUUGUAUUUCAGAGAUUGACGGCUUAUUUACAUGCCCGAAACAGUUUUCCAUACGUCGUGAACCUUGAUCCAGCUGUGAACCAAGUCCAUUAUCCAGCGAACAUUGACAUCCGUGACACCGUCGACUACAAAGCAAUCAUGAAGGAAUAUGGCCUGGGCCCUAAUGGUGCUAUUAUGACAUGUUUGAACUUGAUCUGCACUCGAUUCAAUCAGGUAGGAGCAUUUUAAAUUUAUCCUCUGCUUUUAGUGUCUGCAAUGUAACAAGAUUGCCAAAUUUCUCAUGAAACACUUGUUUAGGUGUUGGAAUUGUUGGCCAAAAGGGCAGAUCAGGUCCCAUACUUCCUCUUUGACACACCCGGACAAAUUGAAGCCUUCACCUGGAGUGCCAGUGGCUCGAUUAUUACGGACACCUUGGCUUCCACCCACCCUACGGUUAUCGCAUACGUUGUGGACACUGCUCGUGCGACAAAUCCGACCACUUUUAUGUCCAAUAUGCUAUAUGCGUGUUCUAUUUUAUUCAGAACUAAGCUCCCGUUCUUCAUUGUGUUCAACAAGGUGGGUUUAUAUUGUUUUAGACAUCUGAUUUUAGGCGGAUGUUGUGAAGCCGGAUUUCGCGAAGAAAUGGAUGACUGACUUUGAGUCGCUGCAUGAGGACAUUCACAAAGCCAAUCCAACUUAUAUGGGAGACUUUACACGUUCAUUGAGUUUGGUUUUGGACACUUUCUACAGUAACCUUAAUACUGCUACGGUUUCGUCGAUGACUGGAGAGGGAAUGGAAGAAGUGAGUUGAUUUUUGGAUUUUUCGGUGUUUAGGAUGUUUGCCAUCUAUUCAGACGGGCUUCUUGGUUCUGGUAUGAUUUUUAUGAUCUAGGAUAAUAUAAAAUUUGAUUUCAUCAUGUACAAUAUGCCAUUUCAGGUGCUACAAGUAAUCGAAAAAUGCAAGCAGGAGUAUUACGAUGACUAUUUGCCUAUGUACAACAAAAUUAAAAAGGAUAAAGUGGAAAAAAUUCAGCAAUCCGAAUCCUUGGAAAAGCUUGGGGAAUUGACCCUGAAGGAAAAAGACGUCCCUCAUCAAUAA